GACUUCGAAUUUGGAGACGCCUGCGUCGUCUUUGUCAACAGCUCGUUUCAAUCACACCCAUUAUUACUGUGCAGUAAAAGAGAGUAUGGUGGCGCUGGUGGUUUCUUUUCCGCACGCCUCUUUGAGUAUGCGCAGCUCCAAUAGCGACAGUAACAGAUUUGGCAUUAAUACUGUUGGCUCCAAUUCCAUGAGAUGCUGCUUUCCAGCUUCUUCAGUUAAUGCAUAUAUUGCAACCAGAAAUAGAAGGAUUGCGUGUGCAUGUGUCGCCCCACCUCAGGACCUCUCGUCAUCCAGAUAUAUUGGUCCCCAUAACAUAGCAAACUCAAGUAUCAAGAAGGACGAAGAAGAUGAGUCAGAUGUCCUUAUUGAAUGUAGAGAUGUAUACAAAUCCUUUGGGGAGAAGCACAUAUUAAGAGGUGUGAGCUUCAAGAUUAGGCAUGGAGAGGCUGUUGGAAUUGUUGGUCCAUCUGGGACAGGUAAGUCAACCAUCUUGAAGAUUAUGGCUGGGCUUCUUGCGCCAGACAAGGGUGAGGUUUUCAUCCGAGGAAAAAGACGACAUGGCUUGAUUAGCGAUGAGGAAAUAUCUGGUCUUAGAAUUGGCUUGGUGUUUCAGAGUGCAGCACUUUUUGAUUCUCUGACUGUUCGUGAAAAUGUCGGUUUUUUGUUGUAUGAAAAUUCUGCUAUGCCUGAAGACCAAAUUGCCGAGCUCGUGACAGAAACUUUGGCUGCUGUUGGAUUGAAGGAAGUUGAGGAUCGAUUACCUUCUGAAUUGUCGGGUGGGAUGAAAAAGAGAGUUGCCCUGGCACGUUCUAUAAUAUUUGAUACAACAAAGGAUGCAAUAGAGCCUGAGGUACUCCUAUACGAUGAGCCAACAGCAGGUCUUGAUCCGAUUGCAUCCACUGUUGUUGAAGAUCUCAUUCGAUCAGUUCAUAUGAAAGGGGAGGAUGCACUUGGGAAGCCUGGGAAGAUUGCAUCUUAUGUAGUCGUCACUCACCAACAUAGCACCAUCACAAGAGCUGUUGAUAGGUAGUGAUAGGUUUCUAUUCAUUUUACUGAGAAGUCAUAUCUUUUUAGUCUUGUUUUGCCCUUCACCAUUUUGCGAUUUAUAUAGUCCUAAAAACAAAACCAUAUCCAGGCUGAUAUUUUUGCAUGAAGGGAAAGUUGUGUGGCAAGGAAUGACACAUGAGUUUGCUUCAUCCACAAAUCCGAUUGUUCAACAGUUUGCGUCGGGGAGUUUGGAUGGGCCGAUUAAGUAUUAACUGGUGAGGCCAUGUGAUAAGGGUUAAUGGAACAAGUUGAGAUGGUGCUUCAACUCUUGCCAUUCAUUAUCAUAAUCCCAGAAGGAGUGCUUGCUGCUAACAGAUGAGUUGUGGAAGUUUCUGUUUCGGGUUUUAUUUGCUCUCUAAGGGAGUGUUGGGACGUUUGAUCCUCUGUUUAUUAGUACUGACUGGGUUUUGUGCGAGAAUUUCAUUCCGAGUAUUAACUUGUUUUAAUGCUGACAUUCAUACAACUUGCAAUAUUUUAGCAUUAUUAUGUAUCUUGCUUGUAGUGUAUAACUGAGGGGAAUCUCAUGUAUUCCCAGAAACUUGUAAACUUUUUUUUUUUUUUUUUGNUGGUGCU